CCCUGUCCCAGUCAACUUCACUUUCGUGGGAAUUUCAUACCCCCAACCAAACCCCCCUCUUUAUUAGUUAACACUUGUUCAUUUCUUUAUCAUUUCCGUCAUUCCUAUCCCAAUUCUAAUCUCAAGGGUUUCUUCUAUCUUUAAUUAUUUGGUGGCCAUGGAGAACAACAAUCAGCAAUCUUUUUGGCAAUUUAGUGACCAGCUUAGGCUUCAAACAUCUAGUUUGGCCAAUCUGUCUCUUAAUAAUUCAAUUUGGAGCAACAAUUAUGCCACAAAAAGGACCACCGAUCAGAGGAGGAACUUAGAUGUGAAGGGCACUGAAUUCAACCCAUCAAAAUCCUAUGAUCUCAAUUCCGAUUCCAAUGGAUCCCUUUUCUCUAUGCCACAUAUUCAGAACCCUGCUUUUGGGGGUCUUAAUGGAGGCUUCAACAAGGGAAGUUAUUCCGACAAUACUCCAUCUUUUGUUAGCCUCAACAACAAUAGUGGCCUCAACUUGAAGGGUCACAAGACAGGUUUUGUUGACUUUCAAGCAGGCAAAAAGGGCAGGAACAACACCAACACCAACGGCAAGAAGCAUGGAGACAAUAGCAAUGAUGUCGCCAAGAAACUCAAAACACUGCCACCAUCGGAGUCUUUGCCGAGAUAUGAAACUGUGGGUGGAUAUAUCUUUGUUUGCAACAAUGAUACCAUGGCAGAGAACCUCAAAAGACAGCUAUUUGGUCUCCCUCCACGAUACCGUGAUUCUGUUCGAGCAAUUACUCCGGGGUUGCCCCUUUUUCUCUACAACUAUUCUACCCAUCAACUUCAUGGAAUUUUUGAGGCUGCAAGUUUUGGUGGAAAUAAUAUUGAUCCAACAGCUUGGGAGGACAAAAAGUGCCUUGGUGAAUCUCGUUUCCCUGCUCAGGUUCAAGUAGUCACUAGAAAAAUCUGUGAGCCACUUGAGGAGGAUUCCUUCAGGCCAAUUCUUCACCAUUAUGAUGGUCCCAAGUUUCGUCUUGAGCUUAGUGUCUCCGAGGCAUUGUCUCUCCUAGACAUUUUUGCUGAUCAGAAUAGCUUCGAUGAUAUUUUCAAGGCUAUACCGGCAUAAAAGUGUAGUAAUUCUAGAGAAUAAUAAUACAAGGUGAAGAAGAUAAGAACAAGAAAUAUAGUGGGCGAUGAUUGGAUAUUCAGCAUAUAUAUUUGGUGUUGUGCUAUUUGUACAGAAGGCUGUUGUGCCUGAUUAUAUAACAUUAUUCUUGUACUAUAAAAUUCUAUUGAAACAUAAGAAAGUGCAGUAAGGAUGACUAAUCCUGCUUAUGAUUUAUGUUAUAAAA